GGGCAGGGCGCCCAGCAACUUCCUGCCGGCGCCCCACGCUCCAUCGUAGUUGCUGCGCGCGCGCAAGCGGCCGGAGGCGGGAGGCACCGCAAGGUCAUCACCCAGCGGUGGCAGCCUGCCUGGGGGCGGGAGACCCUCCUCGGGGCUGGGCGGAGGCCUUUAAGCUCCUCGGCCAUAUUGAACAGCCACCCUGAGUCUUCUUUGUCUGCAAAGUUCUCUCACUAACUUCCAGUUGCGUCUGGGGUGCCUGGGCCCAGGGAGAAGGUCCCACGAAGCCCAUGCGUCCCCAGCUUGGAGCCGGGACAUCACCUUUUCCAAUUUGGACGGAGUUUUGAGCUUCGGGACUGAGCGCAUCCCAGCUCACGUAAGGAUCCCGAAUACUGUUUCCCACGAAUCCGGGUGGGGAGGCCAAUUUGGACCUGUUGCCAGGGGAGGAAUUGAAGGGAGUCCACCCAUCUGACUUGGGGAGGUGACACUCUCCACCGACCCCUCAGAUUGGAAGCUAAGAGUCGUUUGUUUGGGCUCCUUGCCCCCGACCCGAGACUCCAUCCUGGAGAUCUUAAAGACCCUCGAGAAAAGCCACGUGGGGGGCUGGUUCCCCUGGGGCUUCCUGCCGUCCCCAGAUUGCCUGAUCCUCUGGAGCGUGCCCGACGUGUGCAAGGAUGUAGACCUGGACGUGCUGGUGGAGGCCUUAAGGCCUGUGGGCACCUUUAAGAAGAUCGGCAAGGUGUUCCGCAGAGAGGAGGACUCCACGGUCGGGAUGCUGCAGAUUGGGGAGGACGUAGACUAUCUGCUCAUCCCCCGCGAGGUCAGGCUGGCCGGGGGCGUGUGGAGAGUCAUCUCGAAGCCCGCCACCAAGGAAGCUGAGUUUCGGGAGCGACUGAUCCAGUUUCUGGAGGAAGAGGGCCGCACCCUGGAAGAUGUGGCCCGCAUUAUCGAGAAGAGUACUCCGCACCCACCCCAGCCCCCCAAAAAACCCAAGGAGCCUCAAGUGAAGAGGAGAGUUCCGCAGAUGGUCACUCCUCCACUUCGGCUGGUCGUAGGCACAUACGACAGCAGCAACGCCAGCGACAGUGAAUUGAGCGACUUUGAGACCUCCAGAGUCAAGGACAACAGGCGCUCCCAGGGGGCCAGGAAGGUGCGCAAAAUGCCGGUCAGUUACUUGGGCAGCAAAUUCCUGGGCAGCGACGUGGAGAGUGAGGAUGAUCAGGAGCUGGUUGAAGCCUUCCUUCACCGUGGGGAGAAGAAGCCCAGUGCACCUCCUCCACGACGCCGGGUCAAUCUGCCAGUGCCCAUGUUUGAGGAUAACCUGGGACCCCAGCCGUCCAAGGCCGACAGAUGGCGGGAGUAUGUCAGCCAGGUGUCCUGGGGGAAGUUUAAGCAGAGGGUGAAGGGCUGGGCACCCAGAUCAAGCUCUGAGGUUGGCGAAACCCAGCAGGCCUCCACUGCAGCUGAGAGAGGUGGGGCUUUGGGGCACAGCCACACCACCCGGGGUGAUAGAGCUGGACACACUGGGGAUGGGAGUGCUGGUGAGCCCUAUGCCCCAUGGUGGAGGUCCAAGAUAAAGUGGACCUCCUUGAGAGGACACAGGAAGGGGCAGGUGCCACCCCCAGCUCAAGGGGCUGGUGUGCCAGCAGAGGAGCCCGCAGAAGCUGCAGAGAACCAGGGGGUAGACGUCCCACCUGUCCAAGAGGCAGAGGCUGCAGCCAAUCCAAGGGCAGAAGCCCCUGCUGACCGUGGGGCAGAGGCUGCAGCUAAUCCCAGGGCAGAGGUUUCGGCUAAUCCCAGGGCAGAGGCCCUUGCUGACCCUGAGGCUGAGGCUGCAGAUAAUCCAACAGUAGAGGGCCCAGCUGACCAUGGGAUAGAGGCUGCAGCUAAUCAGAGGGCAGAGGCUCUACCUGCCCAGAGGGCAGAAGCUACAGAUAAUCAGAGGGUGGAAGUCUCAGGUGAUAACAGGGCAGAAACUGUUGGUAAUCUUCUACUGUUGGUGGAAGCCCCAGCUGACCAGAGGGAGGGGGCUGGAUCCCAGGCUCUCCAAGAAGCCUCAGCUGGCUCUGGUGCCCCAGGGUCAGCCCCUGGAGCUAGGGCCCAGAAACAGGUAAAGACAGUGAGGUUCCAGACCCCUGGUCGAUUCUCAUGGUUUCGAAAGCGCAGGAGAGCCUUCUGGCACACUCCCCGGUUGCCAACCCUACCCAAAAGAGUCCCCAGGGCAGGUGAGGCCCGGAGCCUCAGGGUGCUGAUGGCUGAGGCUAGACUAGAAGCAGAACAGGGAGAGAGAGAGGAACAGGUGUGAAGGGAGGCCUAGUGCCAGGGGCCACCUGCCCCAUGCUAGGACGCCUCACUCCCUUGCAGACUUUUACCUCCAUGUUUAAAAAUGGAGACUUCAGAGACAGGCAGGCAGCACCUCCCACAUCUCUAACGCAAAGACCUUCUUUUUUUCCUUCUGUCCCUCCCUUCUCCCCCUCCCUCCUUCCUUCCUUCUUGAGACACGGUCUUGCUUGGCAGCUCUGGUACUCCAUAUCUAACCCAGGCUGGCCUCAAACUCACAGCAAUCCUGCCUCAGUCUCCAGAGUGCUAGGAUUACAGGUUUGAGUCACCACGUCUGGACUCAGCCACCCUCUUGAUUUUUUUAUUUUUAAUCUAAUGAGAUUAGACACAUUCAGGGUGGUUAUGGCCAGAGCUUGUUUUUAAUGUUAUAUAUAGAUCAUCUUCCUCCUCCUCCCCCCUCCACCUUUUUUUUCAUACUGACUAUAGCAUCCCAAAGAAUGUAAUGUAAGAGGCUGCUGGAGCUGGCUUUUCUGGCUGGUGGGUUGAACUCCCUCAGAUAUAUCUUUUUUUUAAAAAAUUUUUUUGGUCUUUUUUGAGACAGGGUCUCCCUGUAGCUCCAGCUGUCCUGGAACUCACUAUGUAGGCCAGGCUGGCCUUGAACUCACAGAGACCUGCCUGCCUCUGCCUCCGAAGUGCUGGGAUUAAAGGAGUGCACCACCACGCCCGGCAGAUGUAUCUUUUAAGUGCUCAGCUUGGCAGUGGGAAACAGGCAGAGCAAGGGUCAGGUCCAUUGUUUUUUCCUCUGCUACACAGUAACUGAUUGGUAGCCCCUUUGCACUUGAAAAGAGGGCUCAGGCUGAUAUGGAAAUAAAAAUGUUUAUGAGGCAAUUUCUUGGUUUCGGAGUUGGCAAUAGACAGUGUUGGGGGGGGGGUUGACAUGAACUAGUACCCCACACUUAAGCUAUCACGUUACCCUUGAUUCCUGGAAUGCUGAGCUCUGAAGGUUUUGGAGUGUAUAGGGCCGGACUGUGGGGUUCACAUACUACCUUGAUCUUGGGGAUAAACUACAGAAAGCCACCUGGGAAAUGUGAAUUCUUGGACUGUUGAUGUUAUGCAUGAUCCUUGAAUGUGUAGAGUUUUUGUGCUGUUUGCUUUUUCCAAACAGGUUCCCCAUGCAUAACCCAGGCAGGCCUCAGACCCAUGAUCCUUCUGCCUCUGCCUCCUGAGUGCUGGGAUUACACGUGUGCACCACUGUGCCCAGCCUUGAACUCAGUCUUCAGGCUUGGCAGCAAGCUCCACAACUGGUUCUUAUAAUCAUGAAAAGACUGGGUCGUCAAGGACGGUGAAGAGUGUCUCACUAUAGUGCCUGAUGACUCUAACAGCGAAAAAUGAAUUAAGGUGCACACCUAGCCUCUGUAAAGGUCAGCAGGAGAAAAGGAUAUUGAUGGGGGAGAACGCUUGUGACCAAAAAUUACAUCCCAGCAGCCCUUGUGCACCUCCUUUUUUUGCUGUGCUGGGGAAAGAACACAGGAACUCCCAUUGCUGGACAGGCACUCUACCACCGAGCCAUGCCCCCAGCCCCUCACUGGGGGAUUCUAGGCAGGUGCUCUACCACCAA